CCCUUCAUGGUGGUGGGGCGGCCCCCUCCCCUGCCACCAGCCAGGCAGCACAGCGGUCAGCAGCGAUGAGGCGCCAGGACGGCGUGAGGGGCAGCCCGCGGCAGGGCCUGGAAUGGGUGGGCAGAGGCAGCCGGAAGGUCUUGCGCAUCUGGCUCGGCAAGAUGUCGGUGAAGGAGGGUGCGCAGCGCAAGUGGGCAGUGCUGAAAGAGAAGCUGGGGGCUCAGGACGCGGACCCCACAGAGGCCAACCUGGAGAGCGCGGACCCCGAGCUGUGCAUCCGGCUGCUGCAGAUGCCGUCCGUGGUCAACUACUCGGGGCUGCGCAAGCGCCUGGAGAGCAGCGACGGCGGCUGGAUGGUGCAGUUCCUGGAGCAGAGCGGCCUGGACCUGCUGCUCGAGGCCCUGGCGCGCCUGUCCGGCCGCGGGGUGGCCCGCAUCGCCGACGCCCUCCUGCAGCUCACCUGCAUCAGCUGCGUGCGCGCCGUCUUGAACGCGCCGCGGGGGAUCCAGUACAUCCUCAGCAACCAGGCCUACGUGCGCCAGCUCUCCCUCGCUCUGGACACGUCCAAUGUGAUGGUCAAGAAGCAGGUGUUUGAGCUGCUGGCUGCCUUGUGCAUCUACUCGCCCGAGGGCCACGUGCUGACCCUGGAUGCCCUGGACCACUACAAGACCGUGUGCAGCCAGCAGUACCGCUUCAGUGUCAUCAUGAACGAGCUCUCGGACAGCGACAACGUGCCCUACGUCGUCACCCUGCUCAGUGUGAUCAACGCCAUCAUCCUGGGCCCUGAGGACCUCCGCACCCGCUCGCAGCUGCGCGGGGAGUUCACUGGGCUGCAGCUGCUGGACAUCCUGACACGGCUGCGGGACCUGGAGGACGCAGACCUGCUGAUCCAGCUGGAGGCCUUCGAGGAGGCCAAGGCCGAGGAUGAGGAGGAGCUGCUGCGCGUCUGCGGCGGCAUCAACAUGAACAGCCAUCAGGAGGUCUUUGCCUCUGUGUUCCACAAGGUGAGCUGCUCCCCAGUGUCUGCCCAGCUGCUGUCCGUGCUGCAGGGCCUGCUCUACCUGGAGCCCAGCCUCCCCUCCAGCCAGCUGCUCUGGGAGGCCCUGGAGAGCCUGGUGAACCGGGCCGUGCUCCUGGCCAGUGAUGUCCAGGAAUGCACCCUGGAGGGGAUGGUGGAGCGGCUCCUGUCAGUCAAGGGGCGGCCGCGCCCGAGUUCCCAGAGCAAGGCCCACAAGAGUGUCCAGGCUGACCUAGGGCACGGUCAGAGGGGCAGCGUGCCCCAAAACAGUGGCACCCCGAAGGCGGGGAUGGAGGGCCCGCAGCCGGAGGCGGAUCUCAGCAACCUGCACAUGGUCGAGGACGCGACUGCUCCACAGCUGAAAGCCCCGCCCCCACCUGCACCCCCUCUUCCCGGCUCCACCGCAGGGACCCCUCCCCCUCCCCCUCCCCCCCCACCCCCACCGCCUCCUCCCCUCCCUCCCCCACUGCCAGGCCUGGGGGCCCCAGCUCCCCCACCUGCUCCCCCACUCCCUGGCGCCACUGAGGGCCCCCCUCCUCCUCCCCCACUGCCAGGCCUGGGGGCCCCAGCCCCCCCACCCCCUCCACCACCCCCAUUGCCUGGCCCCCCUCCUCCUCCCCCACUGCCAGGCCUGGGGGCCCCAGCCCCCCCACCCCCUCCACCACCCCCAUUGCCUGUCUCUAGCGGGGCCCUGCCUCCCCCACCUCCACCGCUCCCAGGCAUGGGGUGCCCACCCCCACCCCCACCCCCACUGCCUGGCACAGGCGGGGGGGCCCCUCCACCCCCACCCCUGCCGGGUACCUCUGGCCCCUCUCCCACCGAUGGCGUGGAGGAGGUCAUCGUGGCUCAUGUGGGCCCCAGCCUGGGCUCCACCUGGGUCCCAAGCCACCGGCGGGUGCACGCUCCCACUGUGCGUAUGAAAAAACUCAACUGGCAGAAGCUGCCGUCCAAUGUGGUGCAAGAGCACAGCUCCAUGUGGGCCUCGCUGAGCAGCCUGGGCGCCGAGGUGGUGGAGCCGGACUUCUCCAGCAUCGAGCGGCUCUUCUGCUUCCCCGAGGCCAAGCCCAAGGAGCGAGCGGCGGCCCCGGCCAGGAAGGAGCCCAAGGAGAUCACUUUUCUGGACUCCAAGAAGAGCCUGAACCUCAACAUCUUCCUGAAGCAGUUUCGAUGCUCCAACGAGGACGUCACUGCUAUGAUCCGGGCCGGGGACACCACGAAAUUCGACGUGGAGGUCCUCAAGCAGCUCCUCAAGCUCCUCCCUGAGAAGCACGAGGUUGAAAACCUACGCGCGUUCACGGAGGACCGGACCAAGCUGGCCAACGCCGACCAGUUCUACCUCCUCCUGCUGGGCAUUCCCUGCUACCAGCUGCGGGUGGAGUGCAUGCUACUGUGUGAGGGCGCGGCGGUGGUGCUGGACAUGCUGCAGCCCAAGGCCCAGCUGGUGCUCGCCGCCUGCAACAGCCUGCUCACCAGCCACCGGCUGCCCAUCUUCUGCCAGCUGAUCCUGAAAAUAGGAAACUUCCUCAACUAUGGCAGCCACACGGGGGACGCCGACGGCUUCAAGAUCAGCACACUGCUCAAGCUCACGGAGACCAAGUCCCAGCAGAGCCGGGUGACGCUGCUGCACCACGUGCUGGAGGAGGUGGAGAAGAGCCACCCGGAGCUCCUGCAGCUCCCGAGGGACCUGGAACAGCCCUCCCAGGCAGCGGGGAUCAACCUUGAGCUCAUCCGCUCCGAGUCCAGCACCAACCUGAAGAAGCUUCUGGACAUGGAGCGGAAGGUGCGCUCCUCCCUCCCCGAGGUGCAGGAGCAGUACGCACAGCGCCUCCAGGCCAACAUCGAGGCCUCCCAGGCCCUGGACGAGGUGCUCCAGGCCAUCGAGCAGAAGAAGCUAGAGCUGGCCAGCUACCUGUGCGAGGACACUCAGCUCCUGUCCCUGGAGGACACGUUCAGCACCAUGAAGACCUUCCGGGACCUCUUCCUCCGGGCCCUGAAGGACAACAAGGACCGGAAGGAGCAGGCGGCGAAGGCGGAGAGGAGGAAGCAGCAGCUGGCCGAGGAGGAGGCGCGGAGGCCGCGGGGCGAGGACGGGAAGCCCGUCAGGAGGGGAGUCGGGAAGCAGGAGGAAGUGUGUGUCAUCGACGCCCUGCUGGCCGACAUCAGGAAGGGUUUCCAGCUGCGGAAAACGGCCCGUGGCCGAGGGGACACAGAGGGCGGCAGCAAGGCAGCUGCCUUGGAGCCCCUGAGGGACAAGGCGCCUGCAGCCACCAGGGACCCUGCAGGAGGCACCAGCUGCCCCGCCUCUGAGCCUCACGGCAGGGUCCUUGAGGACACCCUGGCCCACAGCCCGCAGUUCACGGCUGAGCCACCGGAGGAGGCGGGGCCGGGGGCCCUGGAGAGGCGUUCUUCCUGGUACACCGAUGCCAGCGACCUCCUGGCCGCAGAGGACCCCCAGAGCCCCCCGGCCCCCCCGGGGGCCUGGCCGGUGCUGCUGGGAGGAGCUCAGGCCCUGAAGCCUCUCAUGCUCUCUGGCCACCCACCCUCCCGGACCACGGGCACAAGCCAGGCCGCUGAAGACCCCGCAGCCCCUCGGGACACCUGCCUGGCUGAGGCUGACGGCACAGCCCACACCCCGGAGACCACGGCCCCCCGUGGCCACAGUGCCGCAGGGGACGAGGAGGACAGCGCCCUGGACUCUGCACUGGACACGUCCUUGGACAGGUCCUUCUCUGAGGAUGCGGCGAUGGACUCUUCGGGGUCCGGCACCCUCCCCAGGCCCCGGGAACGAGCCUCGAAGGGGACGGGCAAACGGAGGAAGAAGCGCCCCCCGAGAAGUCAGGAAGAGGUUGCCCCUGACCCUGAUGAUAAUAAAACAAAAAGAUUCUGUGUGAUUCAGUAAGGCCUCAGCCGUAAGCCCAAAGCCAAGUGAGCACGCUGCGGCCGGCCUCCACCCAGCCGUGGCCGCCCGAUGUGCAGCUGAGCAAGGCUCCUCCAGGGCCUGGCUGGGACUGGGCCCCCAGGAAACCAAAACUCUGUGCCUUAUCCUCCAGGGACAUGGGCCUCCUGAAGGCCGAGACCCCAGCAGGCACCAGAGCCCAGACCCCUGCACCCUCCUGGACAGCCUGCACGCCCCCCGCCCCUCGUGAUCUGCUUUCUGAAUGCCGAUGCCCAAACCGGCGCCUGCAUGCACCCCAGCACCCCCGCACAGGGGUGAGGGGCAGUGGCUGUGUCCCCAGGGCACCUUGAAGCUUGUGCCCUGCCCUCCGGCCACCUGGUACCCAGAUGCUUCUGGAGAUGGACCCUCGCAGACCUCUCCCCGCAGAGCCGAGGCAGCCCCAGCCUCCUUACCCGGCUCCCAGCUCUGCCCCUCACCCUGCUUAGCCAGGCUGUAGCAGAGAGUGGUUUUUAACUGCAAUAGGAUUGUUUACGCUUUCCUGCUGCCCCGAGGUAGCUGAGUUGGGUACAGGUGGGCGGGAGGGCCCUGGGCCUUGGCAGGCUGGCCAGCACUGCCAUAAGCAGGCCAUGGUCCCUCUCCUCAGCAGACACGAGGGGGUCCACACCCAGCAUAGCCAGCCCUGGGGGUGGGAGGUAUCUGUUCUCGCUGCCACCACCAGGCCCUGGCCACCCUGGCCACAGAGUGACCCACCCUACAGCCGCCACCACCAGAGGGGUCCAGUGUGCCCCCUGCCGGGCCAAGAGGAGAGGUCUCCCAGGGCCCACCCAGCGAGGGGCAGCCUGCCCAUGCCCCCACGCCCUCCCCAGGGGUGGGCCGCCCAGGCUGCAUCUGGAGAGCCUCAGACCAAUAAAUCGAGCGGAGCCAGCCCAG